AUGGUGAAAGGGGCGCUCGAGGUGCAUCUCCGGGGAGCUACCGGCAUCAAAAACACAGAUUUCCUUAGUAUCGGACAAGGCUCCAACCCGAUUUGGAACCAGAAGUUUCUGUUCGUGGUUGAAGACGGAGUGAGCGAGCUUUUUAUCAAGCUGGUGCCACUGAACAGAGUCCUGUCUGAGCUUGAUCAUCCGCUGGCAUCCUACAAUGUUAUUCGACCAUCCGGCAAGGUCAAGGGAGAAGUCAUGGUUGCAUUGAAAUUUACUCCAAAGGUAAGAAGGCAUUACAGAGGCAGUCACUCGUUUUUAACUUGA